AUGAAACACACUAAAGAGGAUCCGGAAUUAAUGAAGUUAAUGGUAUAUUUCCAUGAAGGAUGGCCUCCAUUAAAAAAAGAUAUAAACUCAAAGUUAUCGACAUAUUGGAAAAUGAAAAAUGAUUUGAUGGUUAAGGAAGGUUUAGUAUACAUAAAUGAUAAAUUGUUAAUACCAACAAAAUUGCGACAGGGAAUACUGAAAAGACUACAUGAACCACAUUUUGGCAUUGAAAAGACUAAAAAGUUUGCAAGAAAAUUUUUAUAUUGGCCGGGAAUCUCGAAAGAAAUUGAGACAAUAAUAAAAGGAUGCCAGAUUUGUGAAAAAUAUGCAAAAAAUAAGACCAAAGAACGACUAUUACCUUACAAUAUCACCGAAUAUCCUUUUCAACGAGUAGCAGUAGAUAUAUGUGAAUGGGGAGGAAAAUCAUUUUUGAUAUUAGCAGACUACUAUUCUUUCUGGUUAGAAGUCAAAAGUUUAAAAAACAAAACUAGUAAAGAGGUAAUCAAAAAGUUGAAGUCCAUAUUUACAACUUUUGGUAUCCCUAAUGAAAUAAUAGCUGACAAUAAUCCGUUUAAUAGUGAGGAAUGUAGAAAGUUUGCGAACGAAUGGAAAUUUAGAAUAACAACAAGUCCACAUCAUUCUCAAGCGAAUGGUUUAGCAGAAAGAGCUGUGGGAGUUACUAAAAAUAUGUUAAAAAAGAGCGUGGAGGGGAAUGUUGAUUUUAAAUUGAUGUUACUUAAUCAUCACAACUUUCCAACUAGAACGACAAGUAUUUCCCCUGCUGAACUGAUAUUUAAUAGAAAUAUAAACACUAAAUUACCAAUUGCGACUAAUAAAUUAGUACCAAAAAAGAUGGAAAAGAUAAACAUGUAUCAAGAAAAUUUCAAGAGGUAUCAGGAAAAAUACAAAACUUAUUUUGAUCGAUCUGCAAAGGCACCAGAAGAAUUUAAGGUGGGAGAAAAUAUAAUGAUGAGAGAUGUGAAUAAGAAGGUGUGGAAACCGGGAUUGGUGAUGGAAAAGUGUGAUACUCCAAGGAGUUAUAAAGUAAUGGAUGAAAGGGGAAGAACGUUGAGAAGAAAUAGUGUUACCGUCUAA